AUGGCCGAUCUGAAAGAAUUUACAGGACGUGAUCAAGACGCAGAUCGUGCUAGAGGUUGGUUUAACAAGAUGAAGACUGCCUUUCUACGCGAUCAGGCUCCAGACCACGAGAAAUGUCUGGUAUUUGGAGAACUGCUCACAGGACCUGCCCGAAGUUGGUACAGCCAGUUGAGCCGAUCGACCCGCAAUUAUUGGAAGUCGUUGUCGGAAGGCUUCAGGGUCCGAUAUGGAGGAUAUGGAAUGUCAGCUGAAAGGCAAUACUACCACGCGCGGAAGAGACCGAAUGAAACCCCGUUGGAAUACUUGGACCGGUUGAAUGUAGCAGGAAUGCGAGCAAAAGUGGCGUUCAGAGAUGGAUCGCCAGCAAGCCGACGUGAGCAUGUAGAACACUUCAUUGACACUUUGGAUGAUCGAGAGUUGGCGAAGCAACUGACCUUAUUGCUAGUGCAUGAUGCUAACACGAUGAAAGAAACUCUACGCGCUUAUCAGCGCAUGAGUUUUCGACAGAAUAAGGAUCCGAAUGACUCGAACAAGUACCGAUCGAGAUCGGCUACAACGCCAGCCCAAGUAUAUUCGAAUACACCACGGAUGGUGAAGGCCAUUCGUGCAGAAAGUGAGGAAAGCGACUCAGGCUCAAGUUCGGACGAUGCAGAUGAAGAAUAG